AUGCGAUCAAUGCUGUUCCGUCUGCUUGCCCUCAUCAUCCUCGUUCUGUAUACCGGAGCUCAAGCACGCCAACCAUCUGAGCUCUUCGACGCUUUCGAGACUUUCCUGACAGGGUUUAUCGAUCAUACAAAUGACGAACGCACUUCUGUGUUUGCACCUGAUUGUAUCGGACGAAUCAACGCGAUGACCAUUUUGCGAGGCUCAGAUAACAAUACGGAAUUCAUUUAUGGCGUACCCGCAGCCCUAGCAAAGGCCAAUUCCACCCAGUUGAUCGGAUAUCCUACGAAUGUCGUCGUCGAAGCGCUUGCAAUCCAGCUCUCUGUAGUAUCAGCUACUGCCAUUUUCUCCAUGUACUAUGGCAACGUUUCCCAGGUCGUUCCACUGCAGGUCGAUAUGUGGCUGCACUUCAACGAAGACUUGCAAAUCGACGCCUACGAUUUCAUGCCCCGCAAGAUAGACAAAUUCCUUGCUAGCGCAGCACUCAUCCUAUUGGAUCAGAUUUCUUUGGAAAUACCAUUAGACGAUAAGGAUAACGCUACAAGUGUUAUGUCGCAAAAAGUCUUCGAAGAUGUAUGCACGGCAGCUUUGGAAUAUUGCACUGGAAAUAACCAGCAGUAUGAUUCUAAAAGCUCAUGUGUGGACUCGCUUACCAGCUCAGAGACCGAUACAAACAUCUGCCGAUACAUGUUCAAGAACUUGGUGCGGUCCCAGCCCGAUGUACAUUGUGCAAGCCUUGGACCGAAUGAAGGUGACUGCGCGGCCCAGCCUUACGCUGAGGCUACAGUCGAGUAUCCCUUUGUGCCCAGUUUCUUUGCGCCGAAUGUCUCUACCACAAGCACUGCAGGCUUAUCAGACAAGGCCUUUGAUGAAGUAAUGAAGAUCAACAUGGCAAUAGUUUAUCCAACUACUGUUGCUUUUUAUCCUAUACCGACCUUCAUUUACAUGAUUAUUCUUUAUAUGUGUGCUAAUUGCGUUGAGUUUGUGCUGCUUCGUUUCUCGAAAGAGUUUGUGAAACUAUCUUUCGAGAAUCAGAGGAACACGGUCACCUAUGUUUUGAAUACUUUCUGGACGUUCGUUGCGUUGGCCUUGCAGUUACUCGCAUCACCAACCUUGGGAGAGCGCUAUACCUCUGAACGCGUCGAUGAGAUACGAGUAGCCUGUGUGGUCAUCUCUGGACUGUAUGUCUUUGAGCUUGCAUAUCGGAAACAAAUGCGACGCCCUUUGCUCACACAUCACUUCAGUGCCCUGUUCUCUAUAGUUUUCCUACAAGUCAUGCUUCAGAUGUCCAUGCAUGUCGAGAUCAUUAGCGCCGGACUGCUCUGGCUCUUCCAAGCAACGACCGAACAAUCCAUCUUCAUCGGGCUUCUUUUAUAUCGGCUGAAAUACCCCAGGCGUAUAGUAGAACCCAUGUUGAAGUUCGCCGCGGUACAAUCCUUCGUCUGCAAAACCGUAUUCCUCGUGUGGUUGUUGGUGUGGUGGGGCUUGAAACUGGCUAAAUAUCACAAGGAUUUCGAUAUCGCUCUCAGUGUCAUGCUGGUCCUCGCUUGCACUGUUCUUAUGGCAACUCAAAUCCAAGGGUCUCACGCGGUGUGGACUAUCGCGCGGAAUAUGUCUCGUUCAUGUCAACGGCCAGCCGUACAGGAGUCACUCGUAGAUAUGGACAAGGUUUUCUUGAUGAAGCGAGAGUCUGGUUCCUCUUCCGCGUGGACUCAUAGUAGGGGAGAGUCGGAGCGGUCACUCGCGUCCGACCUGGCGAAGCCAAGGGACGCCGCAGUUAACGCCCAAGUCUAG